AUGGCGCGACUGUCGCAGUUCCAAACGAUGACCGAGACGCUCAAGGAGUCUCUCAGUCGCACGCUGCUCUCCGACGUGAGCGCGCAGCUCGAGGUGCUGGUCAAGUCGGAUCUGGCCGAAUCAGUGAGCGAAAAGGCCAAGUACGACAAGUAUCGGCGGCAGUACGACGCGGCGAUGACCCGGUAUCGCAACGCCGAGAACAAGCUCAAGGCGGGGAAGAGCCUCGCCGAGGAGGAGAAGGAAGUCGCCGAGGCUAAGAAGGAACUGGAGAAGGUCACCGAAGAGGUCACCGCCGUCUUGGAGGUCAUCAACAAGAAGACCGAAAUGUUCCUCUUUGAGCGGUUCUACUUCAUGUUCGUGGCCUACGAGGACUUCUUCACGCGCGGGGCCAAUCUCGUGCGCGACCUGAAGCCCCACAUGUCCCGCCACCAGCAGUGCGCCGACCAGUCCAAGACCGAAUACGAGGACCUCCGCGCGCGCAGCCGCGGCUUCGUCCCGCCUUCGACGCCCAAGGCCGCCAUCGACCCCACCAAGCGGCUCUUUGGGAUGCCGCUGGCCGACGUGAUGGCGCGGGAGGGCGGCAAGCUGCCGCGCGCGGUACAGAGCGCCAUCGAAUUCAUCCUGCGCCCCGAAGGCAAGGAGGUGGACUACUCGAAGGUGAGCGACCCGCACGUGGUGGCGGCGCUGCUGAAGAUGUGGCUCCGGUCGUUGCCCGAAUCGAUCUUCCCGGUGGCGGCCCUGGCCCGGUAUCUCGCGCUCAACCUCGAGACCACGCCCGAGGACGAGCAGGUGCGGGUCCUCCAGGCCGCCGUCGAAUCGCUGCCGGAGAUCAACAAGACCGCCCUCCACGCCAUUCUCUAUCUCUGCGCCGAGAUCACCAAGCGACAAGAGGAGAACCGCAUGUCGGCGUCGAAUCUGUCGACGGUGCUGGGUCCGAACCUGUUCUUCUGCGAGACGACGGAUCCGCAGGAGAUGAUGAAGGCCAUGCAGCCCAGCAGCAUCGCGCUCACCCUCCUCAUCAAGCAGUACCCGGCCUUCUUCCACGCCCCGCCCUCCUUCCUCAGCUCCCCUCCCGCCGCAGUCGUCACCGCCGCCGCCUCCGCCUCGACCCCCGCGCCUGCGACCACCGCCUCACCUUCGCCGUCACCCGCGCAGACCCUCGCCUCCAUCACGCAAGCCGAGACUCGGCCGAGCGCUGCCAUCCCACGCACGCCCUCUGAUGAGGGCAAGGCCUCGGCCCCUAUCCGAAUGGGCAGCCGCAUAUUAACAUCGUCUCUGUCGAGCUCGCAAACGAUCAGCAGCAUCAUUGAGGCGACCGAGAGCCUGCCCACGAGCAGCACCACCAGCAGCACCACGGCGGCGGCUCCAGAAAGCGAAGCCGCAGAGCCGGUGGCGUUCUGCCGGUCGGACGAGGUGCUGGAGGCCGAGAGGGAGGGACCCGGCGCUGUGACCGGCCCGCUCGUGUCGAGCGUGACCGCGUUCCUCAACUGCAUCGCGCCCAUCGUCCACGCCGACGUCGCCACCGACGACCAAGUCAUGGCGUUGAACAGGGAGCUGAAGGUGGUGGCGGCCGCGAUCAAGGAGGCGUUUGACCAGAUGCCGGCCCACGGGACGACCUACCCCGGCACCAAGGCGCCCAUGGCCGCCGCCGCGCGCCACCUCCGUCCCGCUGCCAAGAACCUCCUCACCGCCGCCAAGAGCGUCAACGAGGCGCCUGGCACGUCGCUCCCUCGCUCGCUCGCUCUGCUCAACGGCGACCCCUCGCUCACGGCGCACGAUCGUGCGGCAAGGAUUGGGCUGCUGGCCGCAACCCGCGAACUGAUCGGGGCGGCGCACUCGCUCACGGUGGCCGCGGCGGAGGUGGACACGCUCGCCUGCGCCCCGCCGACCGCCGAGACGCUCCUGCAGCAGUGCGCGCAGCACACCGGCCGCCUCAUCCACAUCUCCACCGGCACCGCCAGCGACGACGUCCACGCCACCGCCUUCGCCGCCCUCACCGCCGCAGAGCAACUACGGUAUGGGACGGCGGCGGUGGCGGCCAACCUGGUGAACGGGCCGGCCGCGCAGCAGCUCCUCCAGUCCGGCGAGGACGUGGAGAAGCACCUGAGCCAGCUCUCCAGCCUCGCCGUGCCCCUCCUUGGCGCCACCAACGUCGCAGACCUGCGCAACGACCCGGCGCUGAAGGACGCGGCGCGGCUGGUGCGGCUGCUGCGCGCGUCACACGACCAGCUCGCCGCGCUCGAGACCCAGCUCGUGGCCGAGGCGCCCUCCCUCUCGCCCGAACACGCCGAGCUGCUGCCCCACGUCCGCGCCACGCUCGACCACCUCGCCGCACUCGAGGCCGCCACACUCGCGGGCUCCGAUGACGAGUGGAACGGCGGCGCGUUUGCGGCAGCCCAGCGUCUGGCGGCCGAGGCGGCGCUGCUGGUGGCCGGAUGCAGUGGCGGCGACGGCGGCACGGUGCAUUACCUGCGCCAGCUGGUGCUGCUGGCCACGGCGGGGGCCGGGGCGCGGCGGCUGGGCGAUGUGGUAUCAACCGGGGCCAAGGCACCGGUGAACAGCCUACCGGUGCCGGAGACGCUCCACCCAGCCCUCGCCGUCGCCGGCCUCGUCGCCGCGCUCUCGAGCUUCCUCCGCCAGCUGUUCUUCAGCUCGCUCGUGCCCUCUACGUAG